CGUCAUGGGCACAUUGGCGAGAUAUAUAUUUGUUCAAGAGUGCUCACAUUAGCUUUGGUCAAUAUCUCUGCCCACUAUCCAGAAGCUAUCUAUUACUUCAACGUUUUUAUAACAUUGUAUAUCAUAAACAUGGGUAGCAAAGUCGAUAUUGAGCAAGCACGGCAGCUUGUCAACUCUCAUCUUGACGAGGUGAGCUCGCAGCUCCGCGAGGUCAAUAGAGCAAUCCAUGAUAAUCCCGAACUUGCCUACAAAGAGUUUCAAGCACACGACACAAUUACCUCCUUCUUGGAGAAGCAAGGAUUUGAUGUAAAGCGAAAGACUUGGGGCCUUGACACCAGCUUCGAGGCUACCAUUGGCUCUGGUGGGCGUCAAGUUGUUGUGUGUUGCGAGUACGAUGCGUUGCCAGACAUCGGGCAUGGCUGUGGCCACAAUCUCAUUGCCACAUCGUCUAUAGCUGCGUUCCUUGGAGCCGCUCAUGCUCUAUCCAAACUGGGUGUCCCAGGCAGGCUGAGAAUUCUGGGAACACCCGCAGAAGAAGGUGGUGGCGGCAAGGCCAAACUGAUUACCGCUGGUGCCUUCAACCCCCCAGAAGACAUUGCUGCGUCUAUCAUGGCCCAUCCCAUGUCUAUCCAUCGCUUGAUUGGCUCAGGAGGCAGCCAAGUCUCUGGCAUCGCAGGGUUAGAUCUCAUUGCCAGCUUCAAGUUCCGUGUCGAGUUCCGCGGUGUAACAGCACAUGCGGCCGGCGAGCCUUGGAAUGGCGUCAACGCUCUUGAUGCUGCCGUUGCUGCGUAUAACAAUGUGUCGCUUCUGCGCCAACAGAUCCGCCCUGACGAGAGGAUCCAUGGCGUAAUUGAAGUUGGCGGGACUGUACCAAAUGUCAUUACCGAUUACACGCGUAUGAACUGGUAUGUACGAGCUCCUACGACUAAGCAUGGGGAGCUUUUGAUGGAGCGAGUAAAGGCUUGUAUGGAGGCAGCUGCUGCAGCAACUGCUUGCAAGGUCAAUUAUAUUCCGACGGAUACGUAUGAGAGUGUCAUGUCUAAUCCUGUACUAUGUAAGACGUAUAUCGAGGACAUGGCUGUACUCGGCGAAAAGGUUGAUAUGAAGCUCCUUGAGAGCUUCAACGCCUCAACCGACAUGGGCAAUGUCACUCACGUGGUGCCUGGCAUCCACAGUGGAUUCGGCAUCCAGACAGCACCGAAUGUCUCUCUGCAUAGUCGCGAGUUUGCCGCUGCUGCAGGGACGGACGAUUCGCAUGAGGUGGCAAUGAAGAGCGGAAAGGGGAUGGCAAUGCUGGCUAUAAGAGUCCUAGUUGACGAUGCAAUUGCUGAAAGUGCAAGGGCCGAAUUUAACAAGCGAUACGAUUAGAAGAACGAAAGGUUCUCAGUAAUAACUGUAAAACGCGUGAAACGCAUACACAUUGAGUCUAAAAAUUAAGCCAAAUUCAAAGAAUCCAUC